AUGCCCCCAGCAAAGAAGAGAAAGACUGCGCCCUCUGCGCAGGUACCAGAAAAGCAAGCUGAAAGGGACCCCAAGGAAGACUCGGCUGCACCCGAGCAACCAGACGCAGAAAAGACAACAGCUGACGACACCAAGUACCCCUCGCCACCACCAGCGAAACCCGAAGCACCGGCUUCUUCUACCACAUCCGCAGCCUCAUCAGCCGCUGCCGCCGCUCAAGAGCGGCUUGCCCGCUUCCGGGCCCUACAAGCCCGCGCCAAGUCCUCCUCGGACCAGAACUUGAAGGAGGCAACCAGAGAAUCCCAGCGCCUCGCAACCGACCCGAGCCAGCUCACAUCACUCAACCGCAAGCACGCCAUCGCGUCACACAAGCUGCUAAAAGCCGACAUUGAGGAAGCGGGCGAGGACUUUGAGCGCAAGCGGGCUUGGGACUGGACCGUCGAGGAGAGCGAGCGGUGGGACAAGCGGAUGCGCAAGAAGGAAGCCCACCGCGACGACACGGCCUUCAAGGACUACGCGCGCGAGAGCGAGAAGGCGUACAAGCGCCAGCUGCGCAACAUGGGCGCCCCCGACCUGGAGCGGUACACACGCGAGAAGAUGGCGGCCAUCGAGAAGGCGGCCGCCGCCGGCACGCUCGACAUUGUCGAGACGGAGGACGGGGAAAUGAUUGCCGUCGACAAGGACGGCACGUUCUUCAGCACCGCCGACUCGACGGCCUUUGCGCAGCACAAGCCGGACAAGGCCGCGGUGGAUAGGCUGGUCGCCGACCUGCGCAAGGCUGAAGAGGCGUCGCUCAAGAAGAGGCGGGAGCGCAUGGCCAAGAAUGGUGACGACGGAGGGGACGUCACGUACAUCAACGAGAAGAACAAGCAGUUCAACCAGAAGCUCGCCCGGUUUUACAACAAGUAUACGGCCGAGAUCCGGGAGAGUUUUGAGCGGGGCACUAUGGUUUGA